UUUUUUUUUUUUUUUUUUUUAAAUUAAGAAAUUAUUAUUAAAUAAGUAAUUAAAUAAAAAUAGAAAAUAUCAACAAUUUCAUGUAUAAUUUUAUUUUGCCACGUAUUUUUUUUUUAAUUGAAAAUUUUUUCCACGUCAUCGCGUGAGUGCAAUACAUACUUCAGUCUUUUGCUGAUUGACAAAAAAAAAAAGACCAAUUGAAUUAAAGUUUGAGGGGUUUAGAGGUCUGAUAGAUACAGACUAUAGUUAAGGUAUUUAAGUAUGUCUAUUGAUGCGUAUUGCCAAAAAUCUACAUAGCUAUUUACAUGAUGGUGACUUCGUUCACUUGCAUCAACAUAUUGACACACUAUCAGUGAGCUAGUGAGAAUGACACAACUCUGGUCCACAUGCCACUACCAUAGCUUCCAGGAAUGGUGUUUGAUAGAUAUCUUUCUAUUCAUUGAAGUAGUAGAUAUUCGAGAUUAUUUUAGGUAUUACUUAUUUAUCUUAUUAUAAUAUUAGUUAACAUCAAAUAGCCUAGGUAAUAAAGAAAGUUGCGAGGUUAUUUUAGAUAUUUCUUACUUAUUCAGCUAUAUUUAAUUUGCUAAUAUCAAAUUGCCUAAAUUUGAAAUUUCCAUGUUAUUACACUUUGUGAUUCAAUGAUGCAAGUAUGCAAUUAUUUAUGAAAACUAUUUUUUUAAAAGAAAAUAAUGACAAGACAAACUUGGUAUACCAUUUUUAGUAUUGUCAAAUACAUAAAAUAUUAUAAAUUAAUCUAAAAUGACUAAAGCUACAAAAUUUGACUUAUUAUAGAGGAAGGUAUUUUCAUGAAAAAUAUUUUUUUGAAACCUCAAUAAUACAAUGCAUUCAAUAUAAUUCAACAAAGAAAGUUUAGGAAGAUAGAUUGAACACAAAUCUUACUUAAAUUUGUGAAUUAAAAAGAUUAUUUUUAUUAAUAUAAUAUAAUAUAAUUAAUUAAAAGAAGAGAUGAAAAGAGGAAAGGCGAGUCGGAAAAGGGUCGUAGUUGUGGUAAGCAAAACAUUUGGUAUAUGUUACAACUCUUUCUUGUUCCCCUAACGCUCAAUUUUCCCCCCCACCCCGAUCUACCAACUACUAUACUAAAUUCCCCCCACCACAGCCCAGCUGUUGUCAUCUUCUUUCUGUGUUUCUCAUUCUUCCUCUUCCUCUUCUCUUCUCUUCUCUUUAUCUCUCACUUCAUCACCACCGACAGAUCUUCAAUUUCUUCACAGAUCUUCUUCACACACUGCACGCCCACACUUGUUGAAGUGUAUGUUUUAAACCCACAAACCCACAACCCACCCACCUGGGUCUUGUUCCUUUUUUGCCACUGAAGUGGUAAUUUCGAAUUCUGGGUGUAUGAUGAUGGAGUAGUGCUUGCUGUUUAGGGUUUAAGUUUUUUUUUUUUUUUACUUUAUCUGGAUUGGGGGUUUAUUAUUGAUGGCGUCGGAGCUUGUGGGUGUUAGUUCUACUCAGAGCUGGAAAGAUAUGUACAGAGGCAUGUCAUCUGAUAAUAUUAAAGGAUUGGUUCUUGCAUUGUCUUCUAGUAUAUUCAUUGGUGCUAGCUUCAUCGUUAAGAAAAAGGGAUUAAAGAAAGCUGGUGCUUCUGGCGUCAGGGCUGGAGUUGGAGGAUACUCGUACCUUUUUGAGCCACUCUGGUGGGUGGGCAUGGCAACUAUGAUUGUUGGAGAGGUUGCUAAUUUUGCAGCUUAUGCAUUUGCCCCUGCCAUUCUGGUGACUCCUCUUGGUGCUCUCAGUAUUAUAAUAAGUGCUGUCCUUGCACAUAUUAUAUUGCGAGAGAGGCUACACACAUUUGGAAUUCUAGGUUGUGCCUUAUGUGUUGUUGGUUCCAUCACUAUUGUGUUGCAUGCUCCACAAGAACGUCAGAUCGAAUCUGUGACGGAAGUGUGGGAUCUUGCUACUGAGCCAGCUUUUCUCUUCUAUGCCGCUCUGGUGAUAACAACUUCCCUAGUUCUCAUAUUUCACUAUCUUCCACAAUAUGGGCAGACACACAUUAUGUUUUAUAUUGGAGUUUGCUCGCUAGUAGGUUCUUUAUCGGUUAUGAGUGUCAAAGCAAUUGGCAUUGCUUUGAAGUUGACAUUAUCAGGAAUGAAUCAAUUAAUAUAUCCACAGACUUGGGCGUUCACAAUGAUUGUCAUUGUCUGUAUUAUCACACAAAUGAAUUACUUAAACAAGGCCCUUGACACAUUCAAUACAGCUGUUGUCUCACCGAUAUACUAUGUCAUGUUUACUUCUUUAACUAUUUUGGCCAGCGUCAUCAUGUUCAAGGACUGGGAUAGGCAAAAUCCAACACAAAUAGUAACAGAAUUGUGUGGGUUUGUGACUAUUCUUUCUGGGACUUUUCUUCUUCACAAAACCAAAGACAUGGUUGAUGGUCCCCCAACGUUACCUGUGCGACUACCCAAGCACACAGAUGAUGAGGAUGGUUUUGGACAAGAAGGUAUUCCUUUGAAGCGGCAAGAUUCUUUGAGAUCAUAGUAGUGUUCGCACAAAUGAGGAGGAUGGUUUUGGACAAGAAAGGUAUUCCCUUGAAGCGGCAAGAUUCUUUGAGAUCAUAGUGUGUGAUAUUUGUAUUCCUCUUCCUCCCCCCCCCUUGCUUCUCUUUCUUUUCACCCUGGUUCAGGAAGCCAUUUUAACUUCAGCCACGCAAUCCCCUCAUUUGUUCUUCCUCCAAGAAGAGACCACACAACCAAUUGUAUUCUAUUGGACUGUUUUUUGUUAUAUGUAGUGAGAGUAACAAGGAAGAGCUUUUCUUACCA